AUGACUGAAACCGAUCAAACGAUGCUACGAGACGCUUUUGAAGUGAUUCACCAAUCGACGCAACUUGUUAAGGACGCCGAAUUGGCUGGAGAUUUGCAACAACGCGAAGCAGACGAGAAUGGACCAGCAAAGAAACGAAAGAAAGUGACCAAGACGCCCGAUGACCUGAGAGACGAGAGAUUGCAGAAACAAGCCGACUUGUUGUGGCAGCUGCGAAGCGGCUUCGCGAAGUGGCUCUCUAAAGAUCAAUGGUGCCGCCUCCUGGAAACGAAUGGACUCGAUGUACCGCAAGGAGGGCCGGAUAAGAUUCUCGACCUGCUCACCGAUGCUGCACUAUUUGGGCGACCGCUUCGAUGUGAGAAAUGCUUGCAGGGACAACUCUUUUACAGUACAUCAUCGCAAACAUACCUCUGUACGGGACAUCUGAGCGAGUGGACAAAGUGUACGGUGGCCGCGCGAAAGCCGAAACGAUUGCCGUUUGGAGUGCCAAAAGAUUUGAGUGCCGAGAUUCCGUGGUUGAUCGACGAAGCACCGUUGAAUGAACUCUCUGAGCGUUAUUACAAUGAUAAACAAGAGGAGAUUGUGAGUUCUAAGCGGACUUACCGCAACCGGGCAAGUACGGGUGGUGCAGAUUUGGAGGCAGGAGACAAAAUACGGGGUCGGGCAGACGUUGGCAAGGCGUACAUCAAGAAGGGCACAACGGUGGAUGCGGAAUUUGAAAAGGCGGCCAUCAGUCACGUGUGCAAGGAUGAUGAGGGGAAUCUCUACUCAGCGGCGCUUGUCGAGGCGGAUAUGGCCACAGGGCGAAACAGUUACUACAAGUUACAAUUGUUGAAACACGAUACAGCAAAUAUCUUCUGGGUUUUCCGCUCGUGGGGACGCAUCGGCACAACGCAAGGUGGCAUCAAAACUGAGGAAUUUCGAUCGAUGAAAGCCGGGGUGGCUGGAUUUGAAGCUGUUUUCCUCGAAAAGACCCAAAACGAGUGGCGAGAUCGGAAAUAUUUCCGAAAGAAGGCCGGUGGCAUGAAUUGGAUCGAAACAGACACGAGUGAUGCGGCGAAUGUCGAAGGAAAUGUCAUCCCGGGCAGUAAGACCGAUUUGCCGAAACCGAUCGUCGAAAUUAUGAAGAUGAUUUUCGACGUGAGCACAAUGCAGGCCGCUUUGAAAGAAUAUAAUAUUGACACGGAGAAGAUGCCGCUCGGAAAGUUGUCCAAAUCGCAGAUCACCAAGGCGUACACCGUGUUACAGGAGUUACUUGAGCUCAUCUCCGGCAAGGGCGCGGCGCGAAAAGAUGAAAUCCUUGAUGCGUCGAACCGUUUCUACACCAUCAUCCCGCACAACACUCAACUCAAAAUGUUGGACAAUCCAUCAGUGAUCAAGAAAAAGACGGCCAUGCUAGACUCGUUGCUGGAGAUCAUUGAGGCGUUUGCGAUGGUGAAAAACAAUCCAAAUGAUGAGGAGGAAAACGCGGAACGAGAUCCCGUCGAUGUGAAUUAUGAGAAGCUGAAGACGAAAAUGACGGUACUAGACAAAUCGUCGGCCGAGUACAAAAUGUUGGUGGAUUACGCGAAGAAAACUCAUGGACAAACACAUAAACAAUUGAAAGUCGACAUCAUUGAUAUCAUCAAAAUCGAACGCGAAGGCGAGGAGGCAAAAUUCAAGAAGCAAGUCGGAAAUCGAAUGUUGUUGUGGCACGGAUCGGGUACACCGAAUUACGGAGGAAUUUUGUCGCAAGGACUACGGAUUGCACCACCCGAGGCACCAGUGAGUGGCUACAUGUUCGGCAAAGGUGUUUACUUUGCUGACAUGUUCUCAAAAUCGGCCAACUAUUGUCGAGCGCACAACGGAGAGGGAUUACUUCUGUUAGCCGAUGUGGCAUUAGGGAAGAUCAAAGAAGAGCCAGUGUCGAUCACGCACACGGCCGCCACUAUGACCAAGAAUAAGACAAACUCGUGCAGGGGUAUUGGUGGAACGAUUCCCGACCCGUCGACUCAUGUGAAUGACGCGAGUGGAUACGUGAUUCCGGUGGGAAAACCCAUCGCUCGAGAAACAACCCGUGAUGGAAAACCACAAAUGCCAUCACUUCUUUACAACGAGUACAUUGUGUACGAUGUCGAUCAGAUUUGCCUGCGCUACCUGGUUCGGGGAGCAUUCCGG